GAGAGAACAUCACUGCCUUCUAAAUCUAUCUACGGCUUGUUUGACAAUGAUGGGCGGUUAGAUGUCUUUAAUAUGCGGAAGCUGGUCUAUGAGAGAGGCACACAUCCCAAUGAAAGAAAAAUCACCUGGAAGUUCCUAUUUGGUGUGUACCCUGAGAAAUCCACCACUGAAGAGAGGAAGGAGCUGGAUCGGCAAAUGGCUUCUCAGUAUCAAUGGAUGAAGCAUUCAUGGAAACAGCGCUUCCCCUGGGCUGCCACCAUGAGGACCCAGUGUGACUUUGAGCUUUCCUUGGCCAUCCAGAAACACAAUGAAGAUCAGAGGGAAAUGGAAGCAGCCAAUCCACCUAUGGAUACCAACAAUGAGAAUAGUGCGUCCUUCCAAUAUGUUAAUGAACAACAGUUCCAAAAGGCACUGAGAGAUAUCGAUGCUGAUAUUCCCCGGACUGACCGACACAGGACCUUCUUCCAACGUGAAGGGCUAGUGAAGCUGCUUUACCUCCGGGAUAUUCUCAUCACGUUUGCAGCCUUUCACCAAGAGAUUGGAUACUGCCGGGGGAUGCAUUACUUUGCCAGCCGUUUCUUAGAGACCCUGGACAGCGAGACAGAGGCUUUUUGGUGCUUUGUAGGAUACAUGCGGCGGUCUGCAUGGGGCUUCACCACCAUGGGUGUCCGUCGGAAGAUACAAAUCUGUGAGGAACUUUUGAAGCACGUGGAUCCCGAACUCUAUGUCCAUAUUGAGAGUGUCUCCAAGGAGAAGCUGCUCUUCUGCCUCAGGUGGCUGCUGCUGCUUUUCCAGAAGGAUCUAGAACACUCAGAUGCCGUGAGAGUCUUGGAAAUCAGCGCUUUGGAGUCCGGAAAGAUGAAUUUUGGUGCCUGGAUAUGGCGGACACGCAGGGAAGGUGUGGAAGCACCAGCUCCUAUCACGUCCGUGGAUCGGGAUGAAAUCACGUUUGAAGUGUUACUUUGCACUGCAGUCCUAAUCCAGAACCGGAAGCAGCUGCUUCAAUACCAGGAUGUCAAUGACUUUUUCCUAUUCACACAAAGGAUGCAAGGCAGACUUCAGCUGAACAUGCUGCAUGGGGAUGAGCGGCCAUGA